CCUCAUCUGGCAAUCGACUUCUCUUCCUCUUCUUGCCAUGUUCUGCUUACGGUCGUUUGCGCCGAUUGUAAUCUUCCUGCUGAACGCAUCUCCCAUCUACACAGUCGCCUUCCUCUCCGCCUACUUCUACCUCCAGCGACCAUGCGUCUACUGCAGCAUCCUGCUAUUUGUCCUCGUCUUCUCCAUCUUCGACUUCAGCGCAGACUGGUUUGAGCCGCGAUGGAACAUGAGCACGAGCGCACUCUCGCAAACGGCGGCCGCAUACUUGAGCGGCAACGCCACGCUCACCGAAGUCAUCAUGCAAACUACCAGCUUGGCUGUAUCUGCGAUCAAUGGAACAGGCGGCUCCGUCGCGAGUGCUGCCGCGAGUAGCGUGAGACGGAAGCUGGGAGACAAUGCGACUUCUGCCGCCGUGACGAGCAUACCACAGGGAUUGAACGCCUUCGAGUGGUUGAGGACAAUUUUGGAUAAGAAGCAGUUGAGGAUACAGUGCUUGGGCGUGGUGGUCCGAAUAUGACCUGCGCGCAUGCUACGUUUGCUGACGAGGGUUACGAGGCGGCAUUUACAGGAUAUGAGCGCGGGCAGGGCAUGGUUGGAGUUUAUGAGCAUUUCCUUGGGGGCAACGAAAAUUGGCUUGACCACGCAGGGAAUGGUCGAGCCAACAGAGCGAGCAGAUGGCACGGUCACUAGUCUUAUCCCUUUGGCAGAGGCGUGGCACAGUAGUAUACACAGCACAUGAGCAGCAGAACUCCC